CAAUACAGUUAUAUCAUAAUAGUGAUCAAGUAGUUUUAAAAGCUUUAGAAUAUUCUGUUAAUGGACAAAAUCUUGUAGCAAUUAAUUUUUAUAUACCUCGAGAAUAUGCAAUAUCAGAAGCAAGAAUAGCAUUAACUAAAGAAAUAAAUAAAAAAAUUAAUACAUUAGCUAUUUAUAAUGAAUAUUCAAACAAUAGAAUUGAACCAAAAGAUAAUAAUUCAGAUGAUAAUAAUUCAGAAAAUAGCUUAAAAGCUAUUAAUAAUAAUAAUAUUUUAGAACUAG